CUCAACCUCCUCUCCAGUCAUGAACCCCCUGGUUGUUCUCAGCGCCCUGGUGGCGAUUGCCAGUGCCGCGCCCGGCAACUACGCCGCGCUCGGCUACUCCGGCCUCGGCUACACCGGCCUGGCGCACGCACACGGCUACGCCGCCGCUCCGGCUGUCGGCCUGGCCCACGGCUACGCUGCUGCCCCGGCCGCCGUCGCCUACAGCAACGUGAACGCCGCCGUGCCGGCCCCCCUGCCCACCAACGGCCUGUCGCCUGGUCUGCCGGCGCUGGUCAAGAAGACUGCCAUCUCCGCUGCCGGCCGUCCCGUCACCCGCAUCACGCCGCACAUCACCCGCGUGGAGCCUGAGAUCACGUACAAGAAGGUGGACGUGCCCGUGCCCGUGGCGCGCCCCGUGGCCGUGCGCCGCCCGGUGCCCGUGCCGGCCCCGUACGCCGUGACCCCGGUCGUCGAGACCACCGAGGUGGUGCAGCCCGUCGUGCAGCCCGUCGUCCGCCACGCCGUCACCGCCGUGCGCACCGCCCACGUGGCCGCCGCCCCCGCCGCCAUCGGCUAUGCCGGUGUGGCUCACGGCUACGCCGCCGCCGCCCCCGCCGCCGUCGGCUACAGCGGUCUGGCUCACGGCUAUGCCGCCGCCGCCCCCGCCGCCGUCGGCUACAGCGGUCUGGCCCACGGCUACGCCGCCGCCGCCCCCGCCGCCAUCGGCUACAGCGGUCUGGCUCACGGCUACGCCGCCGGAUACGCCGGUCUGGCUCACGGCUACUCCGGCCUGGUCCUCAAGGACGCCGCCGUCGAGAAGUCCGACUAAACGCUCCAGCUACCACCCGUUGGCGAAAAUUUCAGGCGUGCCUUUGAGUGAGAGACGCCUGAAUUGUCGCUGGUGCUGCUGAAUACCAGGUGCAUUGAGUUCA